UGUAAACACGGAAGUUGCGCUGCAUGACUCUCGUGUGUGAGAGUAAACAGGGCAAAGUAUCGCGAAAAAUACUUAAAAGUGUUUUAACUCUUUAAACCACCAAGUAUUUAGGUCUUCAAUCUGUAUAACCGUCUCUACGCUGAGGGGAAAAGGAGAGUCUGAGAAUCAUUCAACUCACAUACUUAAAUAUGCUAGCAUUAGCCAUGCGUUAGUUCAGCCUUUGAGAAGAAUGGCAGAUAAAAAGGAGAAAACGUUUGCGUUUGUGAUCGUGGGAGGCGGCAUUGCGGGUGUGACGUGUGUCGAGCAGGUGAUUGCCGAUGAGUAACAAGUUAACUCUCUGUCAUCCCAGAUUCCGUCAGCAGACGUGGCUCUGAUCACAGCAGGUCCGCACAUCAAGGCAGUGACCAACUAUAAACAGGUGUCCCAGAUGCUGGAAGAGUUUGAUGUGGAGGAGAGACCAUCUAGUGUCCUGGAGGAGAAAUUUCCCAACCUGACUGUCAUCCACUCUGCCUUGAAAUCACUCAACACACAGUCACAUUCUGUGGAGACUUCAGACGGCCGUGUUUUUGGUUAUGACAAGCUGUGUAUCUGCAGCGGUGCCAGACCCAAGCUCCUAACCCAGGACAACCCUUACGUGUUGGGAAUACGGGAUACAGACAGUGCACAGGAGUUUCAGAAGCGGUUAUGCAGCGCAAAGAGGAUUGUCGUUGUUGGAAAUGGCGGGAUUGCUUUGGAAUUAGUGUAUGAGGUGGAGGGCUGUGAGGUGAUCUGGGCCGUGAAGGACAAGGCCAUAGGGAACACCUUCUUUGACGCCGGAGCGGCUCAGUUCCUCAUCCCGUCGCUCGAGGCUGCCAAGCCAGAGGUGGCCGCCCCCUGUAAGAGGACUCGCUACACCACAGAGGAACCAGCAGCUGGAGAAGCGCAAACUUUCACAGCAGAUAGAAAUCCACGAGGGCGCGACCCUACAGAGUCUGGCAGUGCCCUCGGCCCAGACUGGCAUGAAGGAAUAGUUCUGCGAGGAGCCGAGCAGGUGUCCCGCAGAGUUUCAGUGGAAUACCAGUGUGAGGUGGAAAGGAUCCGCACCUCCGAGGAGCUCCUCAGUUCCCCACAGCAAACAUUAAGUCGUGAGAGCGGAUCCUGGCCAGUUUACGUCCAGCUGACCAAUGGAAAAACAUUUGGCUGCGAUUUGGUUGUCAGCGCCACCGGUGUUGUGCCAAACACUGAGCCAUUUCUCCGUGGCAACGCCUUUGCGGUGGCCGACAAUGGCGGCCUGCGAGUAGACGAUCAUAUGAGGACGUCAGAGCCGGACGUUUACGCCGCAGGAGACGUGUGCACUGCAUGCUGGGAGCCCAGCCCACUUUGGCAGCAGAUGCGUUUGUGGACGCAGGCCCGUCAGAUGGGCUGGUACGCGGGCCGCUGCAUGGUGGCGCACGUCCUCUCAGAGCCAAUAGAGCUGGAUUUCUGCUUCGAGCUCUUCUCGCACAUCACCAAAUUCUUCAACUACAAGGUGGUCCUGCUGGGAAAGUUUAACGGGCAGGGUUUGGGGCCUGACCACGAGCUGCUGGUACGCUGCACCAAAGGCCAGGAAUAUGUCAAGGUGGUUCUGAGCGGAGGGAGGAUGGUGGGGGCGGUGCUGAUUGGUGAAACGGACCUGGAAGAGACUUUUGAAAACCUGAUCCUCAACCAGAUGGAUCUGACGCCGUACGGAGAGGAGCUGCUCAACCCCAACAUCGACAUAGAAGAUUACUUUGACUGAGAGUGCCGAUCACUGCAGACUGAAGGUCAAUGCCAGGUGGAGGACUUUGAUGAGGAAACCGUACCUGGAGGACAUCUUGAGGCGUGGGAAGCAUUCUCGGUUCUUUUUGGAAAAAUGUAUUGUUCCUGUACGAUUAAAUUAUUUUCAGAAACGCCAAA